GGCGCUCGCACUGCCCGGAUGUAGCGGGAGGAGGUGUCGCCGCCAUCUUUGCCCGGAGAGCAGCGAGAGCUGAUCGUGGCUGAGCCCCCCCGCCGCCGGACCAUCGGUCUCCAUCCGUCCCGCGUCGCCGCCCUCGCCCUCGCCCCACGGACAUGGACGACCGGGAGGACCUCGUCUACCAGGCUAAGCUGGCCGAGCAGGCCGAGCGCUACGAUGAAAUGGUUGAAUCAAUGAAGAAGGUGGCUGGAAUGGAUGUGGAGCUGACAGUCGAGGAAAGAAACUUGCUCUCUGUUGCAUAUAAAAAUGUGAUUGGUGCCAGAAGAGCCUCCUGGAGAAUAAUCAGUAGCAUUGAGCAGAAGGAAGAGAACAAAGGUGGGGAAGACAAAUUGAAGAUGAUCCGGGAGUAUCGGCAAAUGGUUGAGACUGAAUUGAAACUAAUCUGUUGUGAUAUUCUGGAUGUACUGGACAAACACCUCAUUCCAGCAGCCAAUACUGGUGAAUCGAAGGUUUUCUAUUAUAAAAUGAAAGGGGACUACCACAGGUAUCUCGCUGAGUUCGCCACAGGAAAUGACCGAAAGGAAGCUGCCGAGAACAGCUUGGUGGCUUAUAAAGCUGCUAGUGAUAUCGCAAUGACAGAACUUCCUCCAACACAUCCCAUCCGCUUAGGACUUGCCCUCAACUUCUCUGUUUUCUACUAUGAAAUUCUUAAUUCUCCUGAUCGUGCCUGCAGGUUGGCAAAAGCCGCUUUCGAUGACGCAAUUGCAGAACUGGAUACGCUGAGCGAAGAAAGUUACAAGGAUUCUACGCUUAUCAUGCAGUUGUUACGUGAUAACCUGACACUAUGGACUUCAGACAUGCAGGGUGACGGUGAAGAACAGAGUAAAGAAGCACUGCAGGAUGUGGAAGACGAGACCCAGUGAGACAUCAAGGCCAAUAAAAGACCCCAUCUUUGUCCCCCUUCUGCCCCCUUCUCCCUCAAAGUCCCUCAGUCUCCCUGGGAGCCAUCUUAUCUGACGUUGUGAUGGGCCCCAGAAUUUAGGUUCCUACCCUGUUGGUUUUUUUUUUUUUUUACACAGUUGAAAAGUUCUUUAAAAGGCAAGAGUGAAUGUCUGUGGAUUUUACUGGUGCCAGCUUUCAGUUUCUUUAAGACACUAACCGGACUGGCUGCAUGGAGGCUUUUUCUGAAUUAUUGUGUGUCUUCUGUCAGUUGGAGGUAACAUCUGGAAGCCAUUAGAAUUCUAGGGAAAGUAUUUUGCACUGUGAAGUGCAGAUGGUGGCAUUUUUCAUUUUUUAUAAUUGUUUAAACAAUUUUAUACCAGUGUUUAAAAUUGGGCGUUUAGCUUGAAGUUACAGGUUUCAUUGGAACAGUUCUUGUAAUGGUUUUGCUGUCAAACAAAACGAAAACCCAAAACUGCUGAGGUGAUGGGUGCUGGUAACGGUUCACAAUCCGUGGCUGCUCAUUCUUGCCUUCUCUUUACUUUCCCUCCAAGCAGGUGAGCAUUGAAGGUGGCGUUGAAAAGCCUGCAUGUGUGUUGAAUAUUUUUCUCUCCCUUUCCCUGCCCUCUUUGCUAGCUCAACCUCUUUUGUUCAGUAUGUGUAACUUGAAGCUAAUUUGUACUACUGGAUAUCUGACUGGAGCCACAGAUACAGGAUCUGUAUUGUUCUUACUGAAACACAGCAUGGAAUUAACAUUAAACUUAAAUAAAACAACCCUAAAUUAAAACAAUGCCAAAUACUACUGCUACUUUACCCUGGUCCCUAUUCAGCCAAGAGGUUGCAGGCAGAACAAGUAGCAGGAAAAAGCAGAGUUUAUGGACUGUUGGUGGCUGUAAUUUCACUAGACGGCCUCGGCCAGGAUUUGUGAAUCUAAAUUUGUGGCUGGAUACAGAACACCCUCUUCUACCCUUGAACGUUCAAUCUGCUUGACGAUGGCGACAUUGAGGUUGAUGCUUCCAUCUUCUAAGCAGAUAAACAGAGUGGGUCAGGUUGAGCUAGAGCACCUCUUUGAAAAUCAAGCCGUGUUUCUUCCCCCCAUCUCCCCUCUUCCUUUCUCUCGCCCUCUUGACUUUCUCAGCAGCUGCUUCCUUUCAGUGUUCAACUCAACUUAUACCUUGUUCAUUUCUUUAGGCCACGGGCUAGUAAAUAUUGGAGGGAUUGUGUGGAAAUUUUAACAUACACUCAGAAACAUUUGGCUCUUUUUUUGUUUUGUCUGUGAAUGCCUUAUCACAUACCUCUGGUCUGACCUGUAUCCUUGCCUUUUAGUUUCAUUUGGGAUUCCCCUUUGGAGUGAGCAGCAAGUCUGUUGGAUAAAUAAAAUACUGUGUAAAGAUUCUG